UGAAGUUCAGUGUUCCUGUAUCGUUUGCAGACAUGUCCAACUUUAAGUUCGUAGUAGUGUGUAUUGCUGUCCUAGUGGCAUCUUGUGUAGGAUCGCCUGUCGACGUCGACACAAGACUUGGCGAUAGCCACGAUAUUAAUCAGUGUGACCCUACCACAGCGAAGCUGAAUCUUUUGCAGACAAACAUUUACGAAGAAGCAAAAUUAUUGCAAACAGUGACUAGGAUUGUGACUUACCCAGAAAGUGGACUAAACACUCAUCCAAUAACUUGUCUUAAGGUCACCAAUACAGACACAAGUGAUCACGGUGGAUACGCAGAAAUUGUUUCCGGUGGCAUUGGUGCUUAUGAUGUCCAGAUUCGUCUGACUUCACAGUGGAAUCAACCCUUGAAAUUCAGAAUUGAAAUUUGGGCCAACGAAGAUGAAGAUCCCGUCACAGAAUAAUAAAUAUUUUACUUGUACAAUUUCUAAUGAAAUAAUAUUAUAAUUAUUUAGAAAAAUAUAAUUUAAGCCAAAUAAA